CGUGCGACGGCGAGAAGCACGUCGUAUCGGUCGAGAUGUUCUGGGACAAGGACGUGGACCCCAGCAAGAGGGUAGCCCUGCACGCCGAGGCCGACUCCGAGUCCAACCAGGCCGAGCUCGCCUUCCCGGACCAGUACAUCAAACUUCACGUCACCAAACUGCCCAACGGCUUCACCUCCGUGCUGGAGUGGACCGAGGGCGACCGCAUCACCCUGAGCACCGAGUGGGCGCUGGCGUCGCAAGGGGGCCGGGUUUCGGCGCGCCUCACCACGCCGUUCCACGGCUACAAGCUGCAGACUCUGGCCGCCCUGUACGUCCUGGAGGACAACAGCACGGACGCGCGCGUCGACCUGACGUGGCGCGACCAGAUGCUGUCCGUCAGCGCGCUCGGCGAGACGCUGGACGGGGGACUGCGGGCCACGGCGCACGUCACCAGUUCGCUCGCCAUCCUGCGCAACGUCACCCUGGCCGUGAGCCACACCGACGUCAAGAACGGCACGACGCGCGACAUGCAGAGCCGCGCCGCCCUCGACUACAACGGGCACCGCACGGCCGCCGAAGCGCUCCUGCUCGCCACCAACAUUGGCGUGUCCGGCACGGCGUCCUUCGUCAGCCCGUUCGAGCUGGCGCGCUCGCUGGCCGCCAAGUUUGCCCUGGAGAACGACGUGUACGGUGACCGCGGAGAGCUGGAGGUGAGCUGGGCGCCCGAGCGGCGCGCCGGCGCGCAGUUUGAGCUCAUGCUGGGCCGCAACCCGCACGCCCUGCUGCAGGUCGCCACCCCCUUCGAGGGCUACGAGAUCAGCUUGGCCGAGUUCCUCUACAGCACGACGAGCGGCUCUGCCAACGUGGACCUGCGCGCCGAGUUCAACCGCAAGGCCGUGUCCGUGGCCCUGGAGGGCCAGCGCACCGACGCCCUCCUCAAGGGCAAGGCAGAGAUGACGACGCCCUUCACGGAGCCCAUGAAGAUGACGGCAGAGCACAGUACCAAAACCGGCAAAGUCAGAGACGUCCUACGCGUAACGUACGCCAGCCAGAACGUCGUCUUGGUGGACGUCGGGGGCGACAUCCAGUUCCCCAAACUUGUUGACGUUACGGGUAAAGUGGGUUUUCCUGGCCACUCAAUCGAGACGACCAUCUUGAGUCAGGUGGAUUCGGUUGGUCUGACAACGGAACUGAGCGGCAAGUGGAACCAGGACACCGUUUCCCUGCGCGUCGAGAACAGCCUGCAGCGCAAGGACGACUCCACACUCUCGUUCGACCACAAGAUGACCCUGAAGGGGUCCGUCCUGCCGAGGGAGCUCAUGGUCGUGCUGCACCACCGCUACAAAUCUGACGCAUUCUACAUCACAAACGUGGCGCUACCCGGGGGCAUUUUCCUGUCGCACAGUCUCACAUUCGACGACAAGACACAUUGGGAGAACAGCAUUACGGUCAAGACGCCCUCUAAGACUGGCUCCAUCGUCAACGCGCACAGCAAGUCCUUCGACGACACCGAGCUGGAACACAGCAUGACCGCCACUCUGAACGGAAAGAAAGCCACGGCCGGGUUGUCUUACACCAAAUACUCAGCUGGUUACAUCAAGAACCUUGAGGCAGCCAUCACCACACCAUUCUCAGAGCCCAUCAAGCUAAAGUUGGAUAUACCUUUCGAGGCGAAGAACACUUGCAGGCCACGACUAGUCCUCAACUACAAGGACAAGACUAUCAGCGCCGUGUCUUUGGUCCGCUUCAACAAGGACGGGGCCCACUUCGAUCUCCAGUUCGACGCUCCAUUCUGCCCUCCAGUGCGGGUGGACGCUGACGUUGACCUCCAGAAAACUCCCAAAUCGACCCGAAUGAUGGUCACCUGGGAAGGAAAAGAAAUGGAAAUUGAGGCGAGCGGCGAAUUGGGCAAGUUGAAAUCUGGAUUCUCCGUUAAAAUGAACCGACCGGACCUAGGCAUGGACGUGUUUCAGGUUAGGGGCAAGUAUGACCUCAUGGCCCCCAUCAAGGCGGCCGAGCUCUCCAUCGAGAUUGACGGGCGCGAGUGGUUCGUGCGAGGCAGCGGCGGUGCCCUCCCGGACAAGUUCCAGGGCGGAUUCGAGUACCACCUGCCGAUAAGCCGUGAGUGGGAUGCGAUGCGCCUGGAGGGUGACAUCGACCUGACGAAGCCGACCAAGCUGGCCGUCGUGUCCUUUCACAGGGGCGAGUCCCACUUGAUUCUCUCCGGCUCAGCCGUCAUCGACAAGAAAGCACCAAGACUCAGCCUAUCGCUCGACAGCAAGCUCCCGGGGAUCAACUCGGCCGACUUCCUCGCCGCCUACAACAGAAACGGUGGAAACGCUCACACUGUAGAGGUAUCGUACGGACAGACCGAGUUUGAUGUGAAGCUGGUCGGCAACCUGGUCACCAACGAUCUCUCCGGCCUUGCAAACAUCGAGCUGCUUUCCCCGAUCAAGGGCCACGAGCGCAUGUCGAUGAACUUCGAUUACGAUCUUCAGGGUAAACAUCAGAAAGUAAUUUUCAAGGCCACAAGAAACGAGUGGGUAGUAGUGUUUGACGGGAUGAGUAACCUGGACGAGAACGGGGAAGGAGAAGCGAUGCUGCAAUUGAAUCUGCCGUACGAGGGGUUGGAGGAGCUCAUGGCCAGCUUGAAGCAGGAACUCGGCAAAGAAAAGAGAUCAGUAAACGUCGUGCUAACCAACAACGAUAAGGCAGUCUCUCUGUCUGGUAACGUUGUGACACCCGAGGAGGGUGGCGUCGCGAUUUCGGCGGCUCUGGUAACUCCUUUCGAAGGCUUCCAGUCCAUCGGCGGUCACCUCAACGUGACCAGUCCGCAGCUCCAGCAAAAGUGGGCUAGCGUCUCGCUUCACAGGAACGAGUUUCACUUCAACGCGUCCGGGCAGAUGAACGUCCAGCGGCUCAAAAGUUCCGGGUCCAUUACAGUUACCACGCCUCUGGACGGCUACGAGGGCUUCGAGAGUGAGUUCCAGUACGACGUGGCAGGAGACAUCAAGAGUGGGAGAGCUGAGCACCGUACGGUGGGAGGUAACAUCAACGCCAUCGAGUUCAAAAGCAAGGCUAGUAGCCCAAAGAGCGGCCAAGCGCACGCAGAGAUCACCCUGCCAUCGUUUGGCGUCCCAAAAAUCGACGUAGAGGGUAAGUUCGACUGCCGUGGAACUUCAAAGUUUGCGGAAUUCGAAGUUCUUAUGAACAGAGCUGAAAAAAUUUUGAGCGCGAAGGUUGAAAUGGAGAAAAACAAACUGAAGGCGUGGUUUAUCACUCCUAAAGAUGGAUUCAAAGAUGUUUUCGUUUCUGGUUCAGUUACCUCUGAGAACGACAAGAGGGUCAUUCUUAUCCAAGUGAAAAACAACAACGCUGACUCAAAUCUUAACAUAAAAGCUAAUUUACAGAAGUUCAUUUCUGAUGUGACAGUUGAUGUAAGCACACCGUUUGAAGAAUGGCAAACAAUACAACUAGUAGCAAAAUAUGAUCUGAUGAGCCUCAAGAAAAUAGCACUCUUCAGAUUAACAAAGAACAGGGAAAAUAUUUUCGAUACAUCUGCUCAGGCUUUAAUGGAGCUCAAAUCUGGAGAAGCUGACAUUAAACUGUCAACGUCAUUUCUGGAUUUUAGCUCACUGGCGUACAAGGGUUCCUACGAUUUUAACGAAGACUACUCAGCAGGCGUCUCUCGCGAGAAGGACGGCGUUACGCAAUCUCUUUCGGGCCGCAUGUCCAUCCAAGAGGACGGCGCUGACGUUAGGGUUCAAACGCCGUUUGAAGGCUAUGAAGAUGUUACCCUUGCUGGGAGGUAUUCCGGCGGUGAAGCCAAGUCAGCUGCAAUUUCUCUGGAGACCAAUGGGAAGAAGAAAUCAUUCGAAAUUUCGAUCUCAAACAAGAACCAAGUGGCUAAAAUUAACAUGAAGACACCAGUAAAAGAUUUCGAGACGGUAGUCAUCGUCUUAAACUAUGGCGGACUAAUGAAGAAAAGCAAAUCUUACAGUGUAGACCUCGCAAUUAAGGCAAACGAAAAAACUUUCCUACGUACUGGGGGCAUACUGAACCUGAACUGGGAAAGCAAAAUUCAUUUGGAUGCAGUAGUUGACAUACCUCUUAUUGGUGGGUACUUCGAUGACCUGUCCGUGGACUUUGUGCUGCUACCGGGCCUCCCCCCUCGAAUGGUACGGCUCAUUCUCAAGAACCGCGGAGACAUGACACUGGAAAUAAAGAAUGAUAUCUUCAACACAUACAAUGGUGGCUUCACUGCAACCUCAUAUCUAAUGUAUGAACAGGAAGAAAGAAAGGGAAAACUUGAGUUUUACCCGAGAGAGAUUCUCAUUCGUGGAUCCUACGCCGCUAACGAUAGGAUAGUAUUUAGUGGGGAGUUCUUAUUCGAUUCUGCAGAUAAUAAAAUCAAUGUUGAAGCUAAAUCUCCAUUUGAGAACUAUGAACAUGUUGGGCUUGGAUGGAAACAUGGAAAGAAUUAUGCUCAGGCAUGGAUGAAAACACCUAUUCAAGAGCUGGAAGACCUAAAAGCGUACGGUGAAUUCAACAUUAAAGAGGCCAGCAACAGCUCUCUUAAAUUGUCAGCUAGCCGAAAUGAUAACGUUUUUGACCUUGACAUUCUGAUCAAGUAUGGCUAUGAGUCUGGCGAUUCACAUAUUGCCGUGCGAACUUCACUUAAGAACUACGAAAAGUGCUUCCUGGGCGUCAAAUACGACGUAAAAAGCCCAAGGAAAUCGGCUACGGUACAGAUGGAACGGAAUGAAAAUAUCUACUCGUUUUCUGGAGACGUUUUGGUUGCUGGGCUAGUAGGAGAUGCUGUCGUCGGGGUAAAGACACCCCACGACGGCUACAAAGAUGUCAGAAUUGAGGGAAGUUAUGAUUUCGACAAGAGGGGACAGAAAAAGAUAACAUUGGUCGGUGAUUUCGAGGACAAAAGAUGUAUCAACGCAAGAUUUUCGUUCACAUAUGGCGGAUCCAAAUCAAGCAUAGAAAUUAUCUCGGAAACUCCAUUGCCUUUCGCAACGUUCGGCGUCAUCGGCGAGUACGAUUAUGCUGCACCAACGAACACAUGGAACAUUAAAUCCUCGAUCAAAAUGGCUGGAGUUGCAGCUGAAGUCAAUUCAGUGAUUGUGAAAAAUAAGGAGGGAAAUCUUGUUGUCGCCUACGAAACACAGAAUGAAGCAAAAAGAGUGAAAGUCGAUUGGCAACUCGAAAACGGUCUAAAACACAAGAAAGCUGCGUUUUCAGUUGAUACUGGAAAGGGGAGAAAGAUCGAGGCUAUUGCAUCCAUGUACUUAGAUGGAUUUAAGAAUGUGGAAACGGAAGUAACGAUUACAAGCUUGAACUCCCAGACGUACUCAUUGACUGCCCAAUGGAACAUGGCGCGCAGUAAUGUGAUUGCUGGUAAUAUUGGGUUACAGUGGGGCCCUGGAAAAGAGAUAAAACUGGAAGGUAACUUAGAGAUCGGAGAGUCUAAGAAGCCGGUAAAACUUGGCCUUACUAUGACAUCACCUUUCCGUAAUCUCGAGAAUGUAAGAUUCAGUUCAGUUGUAACAUAUGAGAAUGAGUUGGUUUUAACAUCAGAAUUAGAAUGGGACCCUACCAAAAAGAUUAUCCUAAACAGCAUGUUUAGUCACAGUUCUCUACAUACAAGGUCUAAAGUUGUGUUCACAACUCCUUUUACUCCACCACUUCUAUUCACGCUAAAGCAAGAUCAGGCUGGACUACUGGAAGCUCUCUUCCAGCUUGGAGACGACAAAUACGAAUUGAAGGGGAAUGUUGCUCAGUAUAGCAUUAGGCACCUAGAAGUCGAAUUCACUCUAACGACACCCCAGCCAGGUUUAAAUUUCUUGAAGCUCAGUGGCACUUAUAAUUUGGACGGAGGUGUCAAAUUAGCGAAGGCGUCGUUUACGAAGGAAGCUGAGACUGCUGCAAUUUACUUGUCAUUCAAAGCUGAAAAGAAAGAGCACUCCGCUAAGUUUGCAGUAACCGCACUAGACGGCCGUGAAUGGGAGGUCAGUGGUAUGCUCAACAGAACAAAGGGUGUUGAGUCAAAUGCGGUGGUCCAAUGGAAUGGACAUGAAAGAGUCGAAGCAGCAUUGACGUGGAUACCUACACACCUAUCGUUUGAGAGCAAAACACCCUUCAAGGGUUUUAAGGCUUUGAAAGCAGUCUACCUUCUUGAUCUUAGCACAUCAUCCAAAAAAGGACAGUUUAACGCUCAGAAAGAAAAUGACGAGAUCGACGUCAACUUCAAUUUCGACCUGUCGAAAAGCGACGUUAUUAAUUUUGAUAUUGCGUUGAAGACACCAUUUACUGAGUACUUGUCUGCCUCAGGAAGUUACAAGGAAAACGACGGCCACCAUGUCGUCAUGCAUGUAAAGGACAAACGAAAACAGACAAAAGUAGAAGGAAAGCUGCGAUAUGAGAGAAAAGAAAACCAACUCGAUAUACACUUUGAGUCGUCUAAAGACGACUACAAAGGUGUCGACAUUCGUGCAGGAUACAACCUUAAUGGCUCAAACGGUAACAAACACGCACACCUCGUCAUGAGAGUUGGAGAGACAAGCCUCAAGUCAAAGGUUGAAGGAGGGUUGAAAAGUGACAGUGUGUAUGCUUCCCUGAAAAUUGAUUCGUCUAUUCCAACUAUCAAAACAAUGGACGUUGGAAUCAACUUACACAAGAAUCCCUCUGGAUUUUUGAGAGGCAAUCUUAAUUAUUUGCGCAACGACGCCCUAUAUCAGAUUCGUGGAACUGGAAACUAUGCUCCAGGGAAUGUGCGAGCGCAGCUGGGGAUUGAAAUGCCAGGAAAGAAAAUUGACAAUGUGUUUGUAAUCACGAGGUAUGACAAAAACUCACUGAAUUUUGUUGUUGGCACUCAGGCCAGCAAGUUUGAAUUCGAAGGUGUAUAUGAUUUAACUGGGCCUCUAUAUUCUGUGAACGCCACAUUGAAGUCACCAUUCAUCAAAGUAUUGGAGCAUUUGGCCGUGCGCACUGUCGUAGACACUGAAAAUUUAACAGCUUUCUUCCUAGGACAGUGGUCACCUACUGAAAAGGCAGUAGCACAAGCAGGUGUCCGCGCCAACAAGCUUCUCGUUAAGCUGGAAACUCCUUUUAAACGGUGGGAAACAGUUGAACUCUCGGGACAGUACACAAGAAACGACCUGGCUGUGUACGAUCUUGAAAGCCGAGCAAACUGGAACGAGUUCGAAAUUAAGCUUAUCGGUUCAUUGAACAGUGAACCAAGUGAUUUCGGCGUCAAAGGUCACCUAGAGUGGAAUGGAAAUCAAAAAAUUGACCUUGAUGCUACUGUCCAAGUGGAGGGAGGAGAAAAUUUGAACAACAUACAGUGCAAGUUCCGUCUGUAUACUCCGUUCCCACAAAUGAGUCGAAUGGAGCUUGAUUUUGCGUUGGAUAUGUCCAACAGAGGCCAGUUGAGGUCCCGCCUCGUCCUUGUGACUCCCUUUGAAAUGCUGCCGGAACUACGCUCAACUUUGGUCCUUCGAAACGAUGAUUACCGACAAAUGAGUGGAUUGAUAGAAGCGACAGCACUUGGGCGAGAGAUGAUAGUUGGUGCAAACAUUUCCAACGAUGCUCUUCAGAAUGUGAAUUUGAAGCUACAAGUUUUGAUCCCAUUCCUCGAAGUUCCGCCAAUCACUAUCGAGGGAAGCUUAAACCAGCGUGAGUGGCGAAGUGUAGACUCACAGAUUAAGGUUCUUUUACCAAAGAAUACUUACCACGUCGGCGGCCACUACCACCUAGAAGAUCUCAGCUUGGAAGCAAAGUGUGUCUUAAAAACCCCUGUGAUAAACACUGAGCUGUCUUUUGGUGGAAAUUUGGAUUAUGAAAAUCUCGACAAAGUAAAAGUUGAGGCCUAUUUUGGGAGCAACAAUAUUUCGAUGAACUAUGAGCUCAAAGACACGGCUAUUACGGGUAGCAUCAACCUAAAUAUACCAGCAUUUAAGGUCAGGGUUGCUAGUCUAGAACUUCAAGCACAAUAUAGUCCUACAAUUCAAGCAUUUGUUUCUUACAAUUGCCAGCAGCAUUCUGGUUCUGUCUCACUAUCAAUGGAUCACAAAUCUGAUUCUGUAUCGACGAGAGUUGACUUAGAUCUCCCCGACUGGAUUGGCCCCACAAGGCGGACUCUGCAAGUGAGCCUUAAAUUUCCCGAGAACUCUUACAGUGCCUUGAUAACUUUAGAAUCGAAUGUAAAACAUCUUCUAUCAGUCUCUCUCGUUAACAACAGAGAGCUUCUAGAGGUCAGUGGGCACACAAGUGGACCCAUUCUUGGAGAGAAAAAUGCUGAAAUGAAGCUUCAGAAAAAUUGGGAAAAAUUAACUGUGAAUCUAAAUGAUAUUUUGCUUUUGGAUAAAAACAAGAAUUUGGGAUCAAUAACAUUGAAGUACAAGCAAACAACGCACAGAAUGCAAUACUUGAUGGAUGAAAGUAAAGGUAUGGGUGGCAGUAUUGAAAUGGAAUCUCCACUAAUUAAGGCACAGAAAAUGACAGUGAACGGCAACUUUGUCCAAGAAACAAAUCGAGUAUUUGCCGAAAUUGAUUGUAUUAUCGGAGCAGCAAAUCACAGAGGAUCAUUGACCCUGGCACUUGGAGAAGAUGGUAAAUCAACAACCACGAAGUUGGAGGUAGUUUCGGUCGGAGUGUUGAUUUUUGGAUUGGAUGCUGACGCUUUCUAUGACAACAUUAAUUCAAAAGCCGAGAUUUCAGUACAGCUGAAAGAAUCCAAACACCAUAUGACUAUUCGCCACAAGAGAACAUUGCCUUUGGACUCAAAACUCACCGUCGUAACUCCGUUCAUUGGGUCGAAAGUAUUCCAGGCUGUCCUGACAACUGGCGCCGACUCCAUACUGGCAUACGCUGGAACAGGCGAGGACAUGAAAGAGCAUUUCGUACUCCUCGAGGCUGCUUUAAACAGAGAAAAGGGACAAGCGCAUCUUAAUUUCAAGGCUCCCCUUGUUCCGUUUAUACGCCUACUCAGCAUGAAUGGCGAGUUCGUUGUCGAGAACGCCCGCAACAUAAAACUGAACCUUGGUGUCGAUUUUAAGUCAGAUUACGCUAACCUGCAAGUCCUAUCGCUGUUCUCCCUCAACGCUACCGAGCUUUUGGCCAAGUUUAACCUCCAGACACCGAUCGAGGGGCUUGAGUCACUCCAGGCAUCCGCACGCAUCCCGCUCGUGCUCACCAAGGACAUGGACGUGCAUGUGCGUGCCACCUUGCCGAGCGGUGCGACCUACGCCACUCACGCUCUAUUCCAGAACCUGGCUGACCGCCUAGAGAUGAGCGUGGGAGCUCAGUGCAAGAAAAGGAAGCUGGGCGCCGCCUUCACGCUCGUGUACGGACCAGUGUAUGCCCUGGAGGCAGAAGUUAACACGCCUUUUGCUCCUUACAACCACUACCGCCUAGACCUUAAGGGACAGAAAAGCCUGAUUGACGGCAAUGACAUUGUUAACUACGUAGAAUGGAACGAACAAAGAAUUGAGCUGCGUUAUUCUAUGCUCGCCGCGUCACGCAAGUUCGAGACAAGCGUGCAGCUUACUACGCCAUUCGUGACCUACGAGCGCUACGCUCUGAGCCUCAUGAUCGAGAACAACAAUCGAAAGGCCCUGUCCAUCAAGAUAUCACACCCACAGCUGAAGCAGGACCUAAUCGUAGAGUUCGAUUACACCUUCAACGGCAUGUCCAACGUAAACUUGAUUGCGAGGGUCACCGCUGACAUUCACCCUUCAUUUGAGUCCGCCUCUCUACUCUUCGGCAACAAACUGAACGCAGCAAACAAGAGCUACACUGGUUUGCUGUUCGCCCGAUACAACAAGGAAGAGGUUUCCUUCUCCGCUGAGGGGAUGCUUAAGCCAGGGCUCUUAAUGUCCGAGAUACAGGCUAAUGUAAACGCAAAACAGUUGUAUUUCCAAGCAAAGGGUGGCGUUAUCGACGAACUAAUUGAAGUCUCGCUGCAACUUGAAACGCCGUUCGAUGUCAUCCGCGAUGCAGAGAUAUUUCUGCAGGCCACGAACAAGAAGCUUAUUGGCACCGAGGCGCGCAUCGUGCACAACACCCACGAGUACCUGGGAGUCAGCAUCCGCCGCGAUGAAGCAAACAUCUCUACUUUCGAGAUCAGAAACUCGUGGCGACCAGUGUCAGCAAGCUACCUGUUCGCCGUCACUCCUGAGGUGAACCUCAUUGCUGAGGUCUGUUGGGACAUGAACGCCAAGGACAACUCUAUGAUCAGGUACGCCAUGCACGCCUCCAACUGGACCGACCCGCGGAAGGAGUUCACCUCCACACUGCAGGUGCCCACAAGGGUCAUGACCUUGAGCGGCGUGCUCGAGAGGAGCCUGACUCGCCGGGAGAUGGGACUCGAAAUGUCUAUCGAGAAGGACCAGGUGUACGGUCUGUCCUUUGCCCAGGACCGCGACGUCAGCCAAGACGACUCAACCACGAGGGUCCAGAGCCGCGGAAUUUUGCGCCUUCCCCGUCGUACUCUAGAAGUGUACCGCGACGUCGAGGUCUCUUCUGAGGACAACCAGCUCAAAGUCAAACGGGAUGGCACCGAGUUCCUCUGGGACGCCUCUCAGGACCGCGACAAAAAGAUCCUUCUUCUGAUGGUGCGUGAUUCUGGCUCGGGAGAGUUCCGUCUGCACCACGCUGCCCUGGAACACGACCUGGUGCUCCGCUUCAAGCACAGCCUUCACCAGGUGCGAGCAGAGUUGGAGUACUCUGGACAGCCCGAAGACUUGAUCAUCCUCGAAGGUGGCUACAAGGACGAUGGCGGCCACUUGCUGACCAGCUUCAUGGUGCGCCACGACAGCUCCAAUGUGGACGUGCGCGUCAAAGUGGCUGGCGUCAACACGCCGGGGAAGAGCACGGGCCUGAUUAACGUCAAGUACUUGGACAGCCGGACGGGCCAGGAUCGCGUGCUCGAGGUGCGCGGAGAGGUGCAGCACACAGAGCCCGCCUUCGAGGCUGGCAUCUACACCAACGAAAACAAGAUUAUCGUGAACGGCAAGCUGUGGUCUCGGGGGACAGGAACAUACCGGGGUAUGUCUGCCAGCGUGCAGAUGAACCAGCGUGACCCCUUGAGUAUCAAGGCAAACCUUAACGCCAUAGAUGAUUCACCAUCCAUCAAUGUGGACGUCCAGUAUGGAGAGAGUCGCACCUACACGCUGUUCGCCGGCAUGCCCAACCACCGCGAGAUCAAGGCGAGCGCCAAGCACAACUUGUUUGGCUCGCAGACCAUCGACGGCAUAUUCGCCAUGAAGCUCAACACUAGCAAGCUCUUCUGGACGCGCGCGUCUUGGCGCCCAGGCGUCCUGGACGAGCUGCAGACCGCCGUCUUCCAGGACUACAACGACCUCCUCCUCGCCAGCAGCGCCAUCUACGACGGCUUCACAGACUUCCUGCGGGAGGACGUCGGUAACAAAUGGGAAAUUAUCUACCCGAAAGUCAUCAGCACACUUGACGUUGUCAUUGAGUACAAUAAUGAAGAGCGGGAGGCAAUUACGAAAGACUUCCCCAACAUACUCAGUAAACUAAAGGAGCACUUCGAGCACAACGACUUUUUCGUCAAAGAUAUCUGGAACUUCUUUACAUCUACAGCGUCCAUGGCCAGCUCCGGCGCUUCUUGCGUCACAAAGCACUCCAUGGAACUGCUGGAUGCAGCAUACUCCGCGUUCAAGGGAUUCACCUCCAUGGUGAUGGACAUCCUGUACUUUGACGUCUCCGGCAUCAUGGACGUGAUACCCGUCAUCAAGGCGCUAGGCCAGAACGCCAUGGUGCACUGGAACGCCACGCUAACCGACAUUGCCGCCGUGCGCAACGCGACGCACCGCUGGACGCGGGAGGUGUUGCGCUCGGCGCACGACACCCUGGCCAGCCUCGAGGACGCUGUGGCCGACCAGAUGGCCGCCUGGGACGCCUUCGUCGAGGACGUCCGCCGCCGCGUGGAGCGUGCCGUUGUGCCCGCCCUCCUCACCGCGCAGGACGUGUUCCUCUACGUCAACUACCACGUCACCCAGAUCCAGGAGCACAUAUCGGCGUUCGUCGAGGCCGUGAAGACGCACCUGCUCAGCAUGGACGAAGUGCGCGAGCUGCUGAACCUGUACUCCCAGUACGCGUCCUGGCUGGAGGACUUCCACAUCCAGGAUUACUUUGACCGCUGGCUGGCCGAACUGAGCGACACUGCCGAGUGGGUGGUGCGCGACCUCCGUCAGACCUACUCCGACUACAAGGCCUACUUCGACGCGCUGUACGACGCCGCUUUCGGCCGCUACGAGGCGUUGAACAAGCUGCCGCCCGUCGCGUACGUUCGCAAGCUCGCCGGCAAGGUGUACCAGAAGGCGCUGUGGGCCUGGCGCUACUACGACGUCACCAAGGAGAUCGGCGAAGGUCUGCUGUGGCUGCUGCACCAGGUCGAGCUGGGCCUAUCGGACUUAGUCAACCACAUGGACGCCAGCGCCUCGGCGACUCCAACCUUGGAGCCAUCCUCUAGCCUCUACCUGGACAAGGAAAAGGGCCUGUUCGAGUACACGCAGUCUCUGCCGGUGCACUGGCACGGCUUUGACCGCCUGCCCGAGUUCCAGGAGCUGUCCCCCUACCGGGUGGCCGUCGAACAAACUGCUGACAUCAGCUCCCUGGACAAGUACAGGUACUACCUGCUCGACGCCCUCAACGAGUACCGUGCUGGCGUCAAACUGUCGCGCUUCCUGCCACCGUACGGCGCCACUGCCCUGCUGGUCGGCCGUCACCACUUUAUGACCUUCGACAAGCAGUUCUAUGACUUUGCCGGCGAGUGUUCGUACCUCCUGACUUCCGACUUCGUCAACUCUAAGUUCUCCGCCAUCGUGAACUACGAAAUAAGUAAUCGCAAGGUGCAAAAGAAGUCCCUGACCGUUCUGAGCGACGGCCACAGCAUCGAGAUUACGGCCAACCACCGCGUCCUAGUGGACGGCAAAAAGGUCGAGACGCCGGUGCUGGUGGGCGACUCGGCGACCGUGACGCGCGACGGCGACCGGGUGCGGGUGACGAGCCAGCACGGACUCACGGUCGACUGCAACCUCCGCUACGACGUGUGCGCGCUCGACAUCACGGGCUGGCACUUCGGGCGCACGGGCGGCCUGCUCGGCACUUACGACAACGAGCCCGCCAACGACCUGGCGCUGCCGACGGGCGAGCUCACCGGCCCAGACAACCUGGAGGGCUUUGCGGACGCGUGGCGCGUCGGGCGCAAGCAGUGCCGGCCCGCCAACCACGUCGAGACCGCCAAGCACGUGGACCGCGGGCUGGCCCGCGAGGCGCAGGAACUGUGCGCGUCCUACUUCCUGGACAGCGACUCGUCGCUGGCGCCGUGCUUCCCGCGCGUUGACCCCGCGCCGUUCCGCGCGCUUUGCGAGGCGGACGUCAAGCAGCAGGCCAACAGCCCCGCGAGGGACCGCGCCCUGUGCGCGCCCGCGGCCGCCUACGUCGAGAUGUGCCAGCGCGCCGGCAUGGAGCUGUGGGUGCCGCAGUUCUGCGUGCGCUGCGACCUCCCGGACGGCAACGUGCUGGCCGCGGGCGAGGUGAAGGUGUUCAAGGGCACGGCGCCGCAGUCGGCCGACGUCGUCUUUGUCGCGGAGCAGGCCGCGUGCCUGCGGACCGUGCCCGUCGAGGAGCUCGCCCUCAAGCUGGACGUGGCGCUCAAGCGCCAGGGUCUGACGGGCAACCGCUUCGCCGUCGUCGCCUUCGGCGGCAACGAGACCGAGACCUUCCGCGCGCCCCACACCCUGAGCACCGAGGGCCAGACCUGGGUCACGGGCCGGCACCUGGAGAAGGCCUUUGACGGGCUCAGCAUGUCGGCGGACGAGCCCUCGGCCACGGCCGUGCAGGACGCGUACGACGCGCUCUGGUACGCGGCGCGGCUGCCCUUCCGCGCCGGCGUGUCCAAGACCCUGGUGCUGGUGGCGUGCCACGAGUGCGGCGGCGACGCGAGCGAGCACGCCGACAGCUUCUCCGACGCCGUCGAGAUGCUUAUGGACGGCGACUUCUCGCUGCACGUGCUCGAGCCGCGCGCCGUGCGCCUGCGCAAGGCCAAGAUGAGCAAGGCCAAGUCCGGCAAGGCGGCCGCCAAGGCCGCCGUCAAGGAGGGCCGCAUCUUCGGCGCCGACCGCCAGGGCGUCUUCACGCCCAGGAACGUCAAGAGCCUCCAGCCCUCCGAUCAGCUGAAACAGGUGAGCAUGUCCAAGGACCUGUGCUCGCCGCUGGCCCUCGAGACCAACGGCACCGUCUUCAACCUGGACCGCGUGUCCAACGUGGCGCUGGGCGACGGGCCCGCCAUCCCCGUGCUCAACAAGCGCUUCCUGGACGUGUGGUCGCGGCGGGUGGCGUCCCACGCCCAGCCCGCCAACUGCCAGCGCUGCGACUGCGUCGCGGACCAGGACGGCAGCGGCAGGGCCAUCUGCCAGAACUGCCUCUCGCCCGCGCUUGCCCAGGACCUCAAGGAGUGGGACGAGAUGACGGGCGAGGAGGACUACGACGCCGAGGUGGAGGUGGAGAUGGACUUCCCGGAGUACAGCGACGAGGACACCGACAUCACCAAGAUCUGAACUAGAGACGAAACACGUUAACUAUUUAUUUAAGAUUUAUAUUUUUGUAAAAGAGAACCUUAUAGGAUUAGUACACCUUACUAGUUGUUAAGAUUAGUGCUAAAUGACAUAACUAAAUGUAUAUACACGCCGCCGGUAUCGGUUGGUCAAAGACUGUAAAUAAUGUGAACCGAGCCAUUUACGACAAAACCUCUUUCAUCUUUGUAUAGCUACAAUACUUACCAAAAUGUCUGUGUCUUUUGUAAGCGAAACGCUUUUAGCUUGAAGUCUUGCUCAAACUCAUUCAGGAUUUUGUAAAUGGCCUCUCCUUUGAUUGCAUAAAUCAAUCUCCAUCGUCCCUUUUCUAA